AUUGUUAAAGCCUUAAAACAUGGUAACAAAAUAAGUUACCACAGCGUGAAACAGUACAAAGGAACAGAGAAGGCCUCUUUUUCUUUUUUCUUUGUCAAAUUCCCCUCCCCCGCUUAGGGAGGGUCUUCCCGCCUUCAGGUUCUCAGUUCGGUCCGCUACCGGACGUAUAAAAGCUUGCAUCCGCGAGCUGUAGAAGCAAAGUUUUGUUGAGCUUCAGUGAGUGCUCGUUAUGUCGGGUCGUGGGAAGGGCGGGAAGGGUCUCGGAAAGGGGGGCGCCAAGCGCCACCGCAAGGUGCUGCGCGAUAAUAUUCAGGGUAUCACUAAGCCCGCUAUUCGGCGUUUGGCUAGGCGUGGUGGCGUCAAGCGCAUCUCUGGCCUCAUCUACGAGGAGACUCGCGGGGUGCUGAAGGUGUUCCUGGAGAACGUGAUUCGGGACGCUGUCACUUACACCGAGCACGCCAAGCGCAAGACCGUCACCGCCAUGGACGUGGUCUACGCGCUCAAGCGUCAGGGACGCACCCUUUAUGGCUUUGGCGGCUAGAGUGUUCAGUUUUGUGUCUGUUCUGUUAAUAUAAAGGCCCUUUUCAGGGCUUCCUACUUUUCGCUUGUAAGGAGCUGUGAUUCUCUAAUCUUUUCAUUGCUUGGAGAUGUUAAAAAGAGUAUUCAAUUAUUGUACUUUAGCCUGCGAAGUUGUUUUGUGCUUAUUCUGGGACGCGUGUGUUCCCAAUCCCGCCUAGGUACAGCAGGGGUCGUUAGGAUCGCUAUCCAGUCAAUUCUUUACCUAAGGAUAUAUUCACGCUGAGUUGGUAUGGAAUCUUUAGUUGUGUAAUUUGCUAAAGGAGGUAGUGGGGGAAGUCUUGCAGAUGCCUACGUUCGCUACUACGUAACUUUUUCUUUUACAAAGUAAUUUUUAUAGUUGAACCACCUAUUAAAAGUGGGGUAACUUUGUAUCAGUUAAUACACUGUACCACUGGCAAGGAGUCACACACAAUCUGGAGUCUGGCAGUGUUACUUGGAAAAAGUGUAUUCAGAUCCCAAAGUGGGAAAGUGUUUUAUAGAAAAAGAAUUCGUCUUUAAGGUUAGUUAGUGACAUCUCUGCCUCUCUAAAGGUAAUAACUAUCUUGUCAAAUCAAGCUUGCAGGCAUGUUCUAUGUGCCUGGAGGGAUAGUCAGUAGCCUAUUACUGGUCUGGAUCACUUUUUUUUUUUUGGU